AUGAACGCGCAGCUGGACGGCCUGUCGGUGAGCUCGUCCUGCACCGGCUCGCUGGGCUCCGCGGCCGGGGCGGGCGGCGGCGGGGGCGCGGGGCUGCGGCUGCUGUCUGCCAACGUGCGCCAGCUGCACCAGGCGCUGACGGCGCUGCUGAGCGAGGCGGAGCGGGAGCAGUUCACGCACUGCCUGAACGCGUACCACGCGCGCCGCAACGUCUUCGACCUGGUGCGCACUCUGCGAGUCCUGCUGGACAGCCCGGUCAAGCGGCGCCUGCUGCCCAUGCUGCGGCUGGUCAUCCCGCGCUCCGACCAGCUGCUCUUCGACCAAUACACGGCCGAGGGCCUCUACCUGCCCGCCGGUACCCCCUACAGGCAGCCCUCUUGGGGCGGCCCCGACGGCGCGGGGCCAGGGGAGGUGCGCCUGGUGAGCCUGCGGCGCGCCAAGGCCCACGAGGGCUUGGGCUUCAGCAUCCGCGGGGGCGCGGAGCAUGGCGUGGGGAUCUAUGUGUCGCUGGUGGAGCCGGGCUCUCUGGCUGAGAAGGAAGGGCUGCGAGUUGGGGACCAGAUUCUGCGUGUCAACGACAAAUCCCUGGCCCGAGUGACCCACGCUGAGGCGGUCAAGGCUCUCAAGGGCUCCAAGAAGCUGGUGCUGUCAGUGUACUCAGCAGGGCGUGUCCCAGGGGGCUACAUCACCAACCACAUCUACACCUGGGUGGACCCCCAGGGCCGCAGCAUCUCCCCGCCCUCCAGCCUGCCCCAGCCCCAUGGCAGCAGCGCACUGAGGCAGAGAGAGGGGGACCGGAGGAGCAACCUGCACCUCCUGCAAGGCGGGGAUGAGAAAAAGGUUAACCUGGUGCUGGGAGAUGGACGAUCCCUGGGCCUCACCAUCCGAGGGGGAGCCGAGUAUGGCCUGGGCAUUUAUAUCACGGGUGUGGACCCGGACUCUGAAGCAGAGAGCAGUGGGCUCAAGGUUGGGGACCAAAUUCUAGAGGUGAAUGGACGGAGCUUUCUCAACAUCCUGCAUGAUGAGGCCGUCAAGCUGCUCAAGUCAUCCCAGCACCUCAUCCUGACGGUGAAGGAUGUCGGGAGGCUGCCCCACGCCCGUACCACUGUGGAUGAGACCAAGUGGAUUGCCAGUUCCCGGAUUGGGGAUGCUGCCAUGAACUCAGCAGGGUUUCCUGGGGCUCCUAAGACAGAAGGGACAAACAAGCAGGGAUUUUACAAGGGACCCGCCGGCUCGCAGGUGACACUGAGCAGCCUGGGGAACCAGACCCGUGUGCUGCUGGAGGAGCAGGCACGGCAGCUGCUGACGGAGCAGGAGCGCGCCACCAUGGCCUACUACCUGGAGGAGUACCGCGGCGGCAGCAUCUCCGUGGAGGCCCUGGUCAUGGCCCUGUUCGAGCUGCUCAACACCCAUGCCAAGUUCUCGCUCUUAUCUGAGGUGAGAGGCACCAUCUCCCCACAAGACCUGGACCGCUUCGACCACCUGGUGCUGAGGCGGGAGAUUGAGUCCAUGAAGGCACGGCAGCCCCCAGGCCCCGGGGCGGGGGACACCUACUCCAUGGUCUCCUACAGCGACACUGGCUCAUCCACCGGCAGCCAUGGCACCUCCACCACCAUCAGCUCGGCUAGGGAGCGGCUGCUGUGGCUUAUAGACCUGAUGGAGAAUACUCUGGACCUGGAGGAGACUGGUGAGGCUGUUCAGGGCAAUAGCAGCACCCUCCCAGAUGUCUCACUGGAUGAUGUCAAGUCCACCUCUGAGGGGUUGCCUGGCUUCAAGCCACCACCUGCACCACCUCUGGGCCCCGGCCAUGACCGCCUGCUCGCCCAGACCAGGAAGCCGGGGAGAGAAGACCUCCAGCCGCCUUCUUCCGCGUCUUUGCACUCGGGCAUCGUCUUCUCUGCACCCCAGAACUGCAGCCCUCCAGUGGGCACCCCACCUGCCUGUGGGGCCUCCUCUGCACAGGACUCUCCCUCCUCCCCCAUCUACGCCUCUGUCUCGCCAGCCAACUCCGGCUCCAAGAGGCCGCUGGAUGCACACCUGGCCCUGGUCAACCAGCACCCCAUUGGCCCCUUCCCAAGAGUCCAGUCACCCCCGCACCUGAAAAGCCCCCCUGCUGAGGCCUCGCCGACUGGAGGCUGCUGCCUUCCACCACCCUCCCCCUCUGGCCGCCCAGACCAGACUGGCACAAACCAGCACUUUGUCAUGGUGGAGGUUCACCGCCCCGACAGCGAGCCCGACGUGAACGAAGUGAGGGCACUGCCCCAGACACGCACAGCCUCUACGCUCUCCCAACUCUCAGACAGUGGGCAGACCCUCAGCGAGGACAGUGGUGUGGACGCAGGCGAGGCAGAGGCCAGCGCCCCGGGCCGAGGCAGACAGAUGGCAUCCGCCAAGAGCAGGAGCAGCAAGGAACCACAUCAGAAUGAGAGGACUCCAGAGGGGGCCACCAAGCCGCCUGGACUCCUGGAACCCACAUCUACCCUGGUCCGCGUGACGAAGAGUGCAGCCACUCUGGGCAUGGCCAUCGAGGGUGGUGCCAACACCCGCCAGCCCCUGCCUAGGAUCGUCACAAUCCAGCGAGGUGGCUCGGCCCACAACUGUGGGCAACUCAAGGUGGGCCACGUGAUCCUGGAGGUGAACGGGCUGACCCUGCGGGGCAAGGAGCAUCGCGAGGCCGCACGCAUCAUCGCAGAGGCCUUCAAGACCAAGGAGCGGAACUACAUCGACUUCCUGGUCACCGAGUUCAAUGUGAUGCUCUAGGGGCCGAGGCCCGAGGGCCUCCCACUGCUGCCCGGCCCUUGGUCACAGUCCCUCCUCCCUCCUAGCACCGUUAAGCUCCUUGAGGGCCUGGGGCUGCAUGGCCAGGGUAGCAGGAAGAUGUACCCCCACUCCCUCCCGACCCACGGACCAGACCUGUAGAAGAGAGUCGGGAGAAGCAAACAGGGGUCAGGCCUGGAUCUUGUAUGCUGCCCUGUACUCAGUAGGCGCUCAAUACUACUGUAGGUUGUGUGAAGAUGAAGGACAGGGUACCUGUGUCUUGACAUGUUUACUGAGGCCUGCCAGGGCCUGUUAUCCCAGGUUGGAUGUAGGGGGCAUUGGUGCCCCCCCCCCACCCAUCUGUUAGGACCUGCCCAAUCCCAGAUACCUGAGCCUUUUUCUGGAGUGAGGUCACAGAAGAAUUCGUGGGCCUGGCCCCCAUCAGGGGGGCAUCUUGCAGGACCUUUAGUGCCACAAAUAAGCAUCAAGCACUAUCCCCCCAUAUUCCCUUUCCUCCUGAUUCCUUACCCCUCACAAUAUUUAUUUCCCAAGGACCCAGCUUCCCACACACCCCAACCUUUCCCAGAGGCCUUGCAGGUGACCAGCAGCGUCAGUGUAUUUAUAUACAGAGCUUAUGACUUUAAUUUUUCAAUAAAGAAAUCUGAACAA